GUGAAGGCCGAUCUUCUGCAGGCUGCCGGAAACUACCUAGCCAAUGACCCUAGAUUCGGUAACACCUCCGGUACCGCCAACCGAUAAUGCCCUGCAUUUUCUUUGACUCACUUCCAACACUGCUCCAGGACCACAAUCGAGCGUCCAUAUUCUUCUACGCUGGUUGAAGAUGGCUUUGGAAAGCUUCAGUGGGCCUUCCUGGAGGCGAUUGAAGGUGUCUGGAGCUCAAUUGGCUCGGCAAACUCAGCAAGUGAGGUUUUACAUCGCCCCAGCCAACUCGAUUCCCGCAGCCAAGAAGAGGUAUGUUCCCAAGUCGGGGACAUACCCCCUAGGCUUUCAGGCGUCAGGCAAGGUUGUCGGGGUCAAACCAGGCAAUACAACGAAGCCUGACCUGGCUUUCGUUGCCUCGGACAGGCCAUGUGCAGCCGCCGCGGUAUUCACCAAGAACAAGUUCCAAGCCGCUCCAGUGACUUUCAGCCGGGAGCUACUAAAGAGCAAGAAGAACAGGGGCAUACAGAGCGUGAUCGUCAACUCGGGAUGCGCAAAUGCGGUUACCGGCAAGGGUGGCUUGGAGGACGCAGCCAAGAUGGCCCAGGAGGCAGACAACUGCAUGGGCAAUGACGGGGGAACGCUCGUGAUGAGCACAGGAGUCAUCGGCCAGAGGUUGCCGAUUGGCAAGAUCCUGGAUAACGUGCCUGUUGUGCAUGGCGCCUUGGGCUCAUCCCAUGAGCACUGGCUCACCUGCGCCAGAGCCAUCUGCACCACAGACACCUUUCCUAAACUCAUCUCCCGGACGUUCGUCCUGCCAUCGACGCCGUCUGUCGAGUAUCGAAUUGCAGGCAUGACCAAAGGCGCUGGGAUGAUCCACCCAAACAUGGCCACGUUGCUUGGUAUAAUUGCUACUGAUGCCCCCGUCUCACCCGACGUUUUGCCCUCGGCCCUCAAGUAUGCAGUGGACCGAUCAUUCAACAGCAUCACCAUCGAUGGCGACACUUCAACGAACGACACCGUCGCGCUGCUGGCAAACGGUGCUGCGGGGGGGAAGGAGGUCACCUCGGUUGCGUCUCCAGACUAUGAAGCCUUCCAAACAGUCCUCACGGAUUUCGCAACCGACUUGGCCAAGCUCAUCGUGAGAGAUGGUGAAGGUGCCACAAAGUUUGUCACAAUUCGAGUAACCGAAUCCGCUAGCGAGGAGGCAGCCCGAAAGAUAGCGAGCACCAUCGCCCGGUCGCCCCUCGUCAAGACGGCACUGUACGGCAAGGAUGCCAACUGGGGCCGCAUCCUCUGCGCAACCGGAUACUCGUUGAUCUCGGAACCAGGUGAACAGGUCAACGAGGUAUCCGAGGUUGUCCCCGAGAAGACAAACGUAUCCUUUAUUCCCACGGACGGCUCGGCCGAGUUGAAACUGCUGAUCAAUGGCGAGCCUCAACUGGUCGACGAAGCCAGGGCUGCCGAGAUCUUGGAGUUUGAAGACUUGGAAAUCCUCGUCAGGCUGGGUACCGGAGACAAGGAGGCUACCUACUGGACAUGUGACUAUAGUCAUGAAUAUAUCACGCGUGCCGCGUCGCGUCUACCACACAUACUUCAGCAACCAAAUAAUCCAAGCUGUCAAGUCCACUUUCCAGGUGCCUUUCCCAUAUCGAGCGGUCGAAAGAUGCCCGCAGCAAAGGCAGAAGAGAAGGGCGAAUCCUCAACCUCCGUUGCCAAGAACGCGCUUGCCGCCAGUUCAAAUGGGGCCCCGACUUACGAGUUACCAUGGGUUGAGAAGUACCGGCCCGUGUUUCUGGACGACAUCGUGGGGAACACGGAGACAAUCGACCGGCUGAAGAUCAUCGCGCGGGACGGCAACAUGCCGCACGUCAUCAUCUCAGGGAUGCCGGGGAUCGGCAAGACGACGAGCGUGCUGUGCCUUGCGCGGCAGCUGCUGGGAGACGCGUACAAGGAGGCGGUGCUGGAGCUCAACGCCAGCGACGAGCGGGGCAUCGACGUGGUGCGGAACCGGAUCAAGGGCUUUGCGCAGAAGAAGGUGACGCUCCCGGCGGGGCGGCACAAGGUGGUGAUCCUGGACGAGGCCGACAGCAUGACGUCGGGGGCGCAGCAGGCGCUGCGGCGGACCAUGGAGAUCUACUCGGGCACGACGCGCUUCGCCUUUGCGUGCAACCAGUCCAACAAGAUCAUCGAGCCGCUGCAGUCGCGGUGCGCCAUCCUGCGGUACGCCCGCCUGACGGACGCGCAGGUCGUCAAGCGGCUGCUGCAGAUCAUCGAGGCCGAGUCGGUGCAGUACAGCGACGACGGGCUGGCGGCGCUGGUGUUCAGCGCCGAGGGCGACAUGCGGCAGGCCAUCAACAACCUGCAGUCGACCCACGUCGGCUUCGGCUUCGUCUCGGGCGACAACGUCUUCAAGGUCGUCGACUCGCCCCACCCCAUAAAGGUCCAGGCCAUGCUCAAGGCCUGCUACGAGGGCAACGUCGACUCCGCCCUCGACACCCUGCGCGAGCUCUGGGACCGCGGCUACUCGAGCCACGACAUCAUCAGCACCAUGUUCAAGGUCACCAAGACCAUCCCCACCCUCAGCGAGCACGCCAAGCUCGAGUUCAUCAAGGAGAUCGGCUUCACCCAUAUGAAGAUCCUGGAAGGCGUCCAGACCCUCCUGCAGCUGAGUGGUUGUGUGGUGAGACUUGCCAAGCUGAACAUGGACCCCAAGAAGUUCCAGCCGCCACCAAAGAAGUGAGGCCGGUCGGUGUAUGUGUGGAAGAGGUUUAAUCACCAUUUAGCAUGUCCUGGGCGUUGGUUUCGAAAUGGGAAAAAUGGGGAUUUUAGUGGCUGGCAGCCCCUGGGUCGGUAGAACUGUCUUAUAAU